ACGGACCUAACAAGACUGACUGUGGAGCAGAUUUCGACCGACUCAAGAACUGACGCCGAAACUAAAGAAACCGAAAUGAUUAGCCCCGCCGAAUCACAGAUGAUUGCGACUAUCUUUUCUGUUCGCAGCAGCAGUUCUGUCUUUUCCGGUGUUUACGAUCGAAGGGAGCGGCCGGUUGAUCGGAUCGACAUACCCCUUAAGACUCAUGGGGAAUCAACGAUCACUCUGCCAAGCCACGUCCCCACGAAACUUCGAAAGUCACUAAUCAAUGUUUUGAACGGUUAUGCAGAAGUGUUGAGCGUGCAUGAUAAUGAUAUCGGUUUGACUAACGUGAUCGAGCAUGCCAUCCUCACGGGAGAACAUCCGCCCAUUAGCUGCGCUCCUUACCGAUACCCGCCAGCUCAAAGAGCGGCCACUUUUCAACGGAUUAAGGAGUUUGAAGUUAAUGGAUGGAUCGAACCCGCUAUAGGUCCAUGCUCUUUUCCCGUAGUGAUCGUGCUUAAAAAGGCCGGAGGGAUUCGCAUUUGCAUAGAUUAUCGAAAAUUGAAUGAUAUCACGAUCAAGGAUGUGUACGCCCUCCCCCGGAUUGAUGAGUUGUUGGAUGCGAUUAGGAGUGCUCGAUUUUUCAGUAAGUUUGAUGUCCGCCAUGGGUUCCAUCAUCUUCUUGUCCGAGAGGAAGAUCGUCCGAAAACGGCGUUUGUGCUUUUCGAGGGUACGUGGCAGUGGGUCCGGUGUCCGAUGGGUAUCUGCAACGCUCCCACGAGCUUUCAGAGAGCCAUGAAUAUGGCUUUUCAGAAUUUCGUACGGAAGACUCGUUUGGCGCAGAGCAUCAUCAACUAUUGCGUGAUUGUGUACAUGGACGACAUUCUGGUGUACUCGAGUUCCUACGAGGGAUACGUGCAGCACAUCGAAUGGGCUCUCCAUGCGCUACGAGAUGCGGGUUUCAAGGUGGCGCUUGAGAAGUGUCAGUUCUUUCUUACCACCAUUUCCUUCCUGGGACACGUGGUAACACACAAGGGGCUCCAACCGGAGCCCCACAAGGUGGCAGCUGUCAGAGAUGCGCCGGUGCCUACGACUAUCACGCAAGUUCGCGCCUUUUUGGGCCUGGCCUCGUACUACCGAAAAUUUAUCAAGGGCUUCGCGGCGAUCGCGGGACCCCUCACGAAUCUGCUGCGCAAAGAUCAACCGUUGAUCUGGACGUCGGGGUGUGAUCAAGCGUUCUCGAAACUCAAGGCCGCUCUCAUUUCAGCUCCGCCAGAGGCAAUUUCGGCUAUCCUUGCCCAAGUGGGACCAAGUGGACUCGAGAGCGUGGUGGAGUAUGCGUCCAAAUCGGUGCCCGCCUGCAAGCGCAACUACGCCGCUCCGGCGAUAGAAUGCUACGCGGCUCUUUGGGGAAUCAGUCACUUUCGCGCUUACCUGUACGGGCGGAAGUUCACAUUGGUAACCAAUCAUGAACCCAUGUUGGCUCUGAAGAAAUCGAAGGAUUACUCUGGCAUGAUCGGGCGAUGGGCAACGGUGCUACAGAGCAUGGACUUUGGCAUUCGUCAUCGGAAGCACGAGAGACACGGGAAUGAGGACGGACUGACACGAUUGCACCGGCCUGAGAAGGUUCCGAAGAGUGAGGAGGUGAUUCCGUGGAACGAACCCGAACACGAGGUUGGACCUCGGUACGGCCAAGUGGAGAUCAUGUCGAAGCAGGACGAAGAUACGCUACCAUCACGGCAGGAAUAUCUGAAGCCUUACGACACCAUCCCUCACACCUUCUAUCCGAAGGCGGAAGAAGUGGUGAUCGACGACGAAGAAGAAGACGACGAAGAAGAAACGUCGGAAGAAGGAAGCUACAGCGAGUAUAGCGAGGGCGAGCUGAGUGAAGAAGAAGAAGACGAAGAAGAAGAAACCGGAUCUGAGUGGGAAGCCCUGCCGGAGGAAGCUGCGCGCACGGGCACAAAAGCGGAAGAUCCUGAGGCCGCACACAAGCGGGAAGAAAUCGCCUCUGGGAAACGCCAUUUAGAAUUCGCCAGCGAAGCAAGCCUGCGCAUCGGUGACGAUCCGACCAAAAAUCCGGAGCCACCGAAGCCCGAAGAUGGCGACCCCGCAGCCGCCUCCCCAAGAACCGCACGAUGGAGACGGAGCAGAUCCCCCUCCUCCUCCAGCCCCACUCGUCCCCCAGUUCGCCCAUGUACCGAUGCGGGCGAUAGGCCUUCGUCCUCGGACGUUAUCCCGCCGUCCCCUUGAUUUUCUCACCCUCGAACAGAUCCGCAACCCCGUCACCUUUCCCCUCCAUCCCUUCCUUCCCCAACUUUUCCGCGACUUCUACUCUACUCGCCUACUCGCUACCGUCUACCCCCACCCAUCCCUUCAGCCCGCUGCCCCCACAUUUUGCUGGCAUAUCCUGCUGUUCAGCGCUGCAUGGGAGCGAUGCAACGUGGUAGAAGUCUACUGCGUAGCUACGGGGACAAUCCCUGCCUACCGCCACUACGAGUUCUUUCGAGCGGCGCUCCUCCGCACCCUCUCCUCCUUCUAUCGUGACUACCUCGCCUCCCUCCCUCAUAGCGGCGAUCGCUUCCCUCGCUUCCACCAAAUCAUCCGAUAUGAGGAGCUUCCGGUGACAAUGGAAGGGAUGAAUCGCUACCUAACCCCACUUCCACACCGUCGUCCCCGUGACCUCCCCUCCAUGUACCGCCUCUACUGGCCCAUUCCAACU